AUGGGUGGCGGGCCCCACUCCACCAAGCUCGUCUCCUUCUUCUCUGCUGCGUGUCAUCCACCCUGUCACCUUUGUCCGUACUCUGUCUCCGGCUUGACCUGCUACAGGUUCAACCCGUACCUCGCACGUGCGCUCCCCUUCUCUCCCAUCUCCGCCCACACGUGCCGCCAGCAGCUCUCCUUUUCCCCUUUUCUUCCUUUCUCCUUCUCUCUCUCUCUCACUCGCAUUUUUUUGUGGUGCAACAACAAUUGCCUCAUCACCAUCCUCUCCUCUCUACAACCACAACCGCAGCAGCCAACUCGUUUCAAAAAGCAGCCACGAUUCAGAGCUAAUUAUAAAACAAGCAGCUGCCUAAUUCUUUCUUCUGGAAUCUCAGAAAGAGAGAGAGAGAGAGAGGGAUUAGAGCAGCGUAGAGGGAGAUCGUCAAUUUGUUUCUCUUCUAUUUUCUUUUUAGCUCUCGAUCUCGUGAGCUUGUAUUUGGUGAUUUCGGUUCUCGAUCUUUGCGGAUUAGCGAUGAGGAUCAGGAAGAGGAAGGUGCCGCUGCCGUUCCAUUUAGUCUCCCCAGUUCCCAUCCCUCCUUCAUUCUUCUCCUCAGAUCCCGGUCCCACCGCCACUACUGCUACUCCGCCGCCGCCGCUGGUGCAACUCCGGCAAGACCACUCGGGAACAGGAGGGCCGAUUCCCGCCUCCGAUGAUAACAAAGCCGGAGCUGCCGGCUUCGGUUCCAACCCGACUUAUCGACCGAAUCGGGCGGAAAGGAACAGCCACGUCGGCUCUGACGGCAUUGGGUGGGCGCACCUGAUUUACCCGAUUUCGUGGGAGGAUGGAAAAGAUGAAUUUGGGAUCAAGAGGAGCAUAAGUGCCAACAAUGUUGCUGCUGCUGCUGCUGUUGCGAGCAAGGGAAGUAAGUGCAGUAGUAGUACUGAUCCGGAGAUUUUGGGACAACAACAACGACAAUCAGCUGCUCCCGCUUCUGCUUCCGCUUCUACUUCCCAUCAACCACCUGUACUUGGGGCAAUGUCGACGUGGUGCAAAGAGUAUCCUCAUCAUAAGGACACGAAGAAUGAUAAUAGUAACAAUAAGUUAAUCCCAUCUCGGAAGAGAAGCAGCUGGUCGUCUUCCCCCUCCUCCUCGUCUUCAUCCUCAUCCUACUUUGACAUCAAUGGAGAUCCAGCGACGAUCAGGAGCCCAUCGAAAUGUCAGCAAGAAGUUCGACCACAAGCGUAUCAAACUCAUCCUCGUGAUACCAAAGUCGUGCAUGCUGAUCAUAUCAGCGGAAUAGGUGGUGGUGAUGGUGGUGGUGGUGCAAACAGUAAUGAUAAGAAGAAGAGGACACCAGCAGGAGGCGGAAGAACGGGUGGUGGCGUGGUGAUGGAAGGGUCUCGUUGCAGCCGAGUGAACGGGAGGGGAUGGAGGUGUUCGCAGCCAACUCUCGUGGGCUACUCACUGUGCGAGCAUCACUUGGGGAAAGGCCGUCUCAGAAGCAUUACCACUGCCAGCAACCUCCGACCACCACCCCGUCAAUUGGGCACCACCGCUGCAACUCCUUCUUCCGUGCCACCAAAGACGAAGCCUAAUCCAUCUUUGACGAUGAUCACCUCGCCGGUGGUCCAUCCAUUUUAUGGUGGAACAGAUACAAGGACGAAGCACAUUGGAGUAGUGCUGCCAAGUAGUAGUAAUUAUGGGCUUUACGACGAGAAGGAAGAAGAAGAAGAAGAAGGGAAGACGCAGCAGCCGCAGUUUGUGUUUCCUAGUAAUAAGAAGAAGUCGAAGCUUGGGACGGUGAAAGCUCGGUCCAUUAGCAGCUUGCUGGACCAACCCGAUAACAGUAAUGCUGCUCUGGCGGCACUGCUCGCUGAUAAUCAUCAUCACAAUUAAAUAUUCAGUGGUAGUACUAUCUAUUUAGUGAAGAUGAUCUCAGGUGCAAUUGUGUGAUAACAAGAAUAUACUAUAUAUCGCUUGGUUUAUGGUUUGAGUUUCAUGUGGUUGUUUAAUGUAAGUGGCAUGCAUUAAAUGGAUGUUAAGCAAGCUUUCAUCAGUUGCUAUAUAUUCUUUGUAAAGAUCAACGGCCAGAAAGAGUUGCAUUUUAUAUAUGUUAUAUUAAGGUUCGGA